AUGAUAAAAUGUUGCGAUUAUAAAGAUGAUUAUAAGAUGAACUUUAUUAAAACUUUAUAAUUGGACUACAAUAAGAGUAUUGGAGAGCAUAUUACAAUAGUGAUUACAUCGAAAAAUAGUAUCAUGAUUUAAACAAUUGCAAGAGAGGGUGAUAAAAAGGAUAUUAAUCUUGCUAUUAAGGUUCCAUUUUUGCUUCAUAUUAAUAAUUCCAUUUAAAUAAAACAAAUGGUGAUGGACCUCAUUCAGUUAGUCUCCAUAAGGGUGUAGAAAUAGUGAUUAUAUAGUUGAUAAUAUUUAGUUAUUAGUCUAAUUUACUUUUGGACCCUUAUUUCUAUUUUAAUUUAUGUAUUGUGUAAUAUCGGAAGAAUUAAAGACUAAAUUUUGGAGAUUAGAUUAAAAUCUUUUAAAAUUAAUUCUUUUAGAUAGAUAAAUCAGCAAUCUUUAUUAAAGUCUUUGAUGACUAUUUUUAAAUGAUAUAUACUAUUCCAACAUUAUAAAUUUACAUUCCUUCUUGA